AUGGCGAGUAAAUGCGUUCACAAAGGGUGCGGGAAGACGUUUGAUGAUCCCGAGGAAGCUUGCGUCUAUCAUCCGGGUCCGCCAGUGUUCCAUGAAGGUCAAAAAGGCUGGAAAUGCUGCAAGCCCCGCGUUCUGACAUUCGAGGAAUUCCUCGCCAUUCCCCCUUGCACUACGGGCAAACACUCGACUGUUGACGAUACUCCUGUUCCUGAACCUACCAAGGCCCCAGAAGAACCUGCGCCGGCACCUACGCCCGCGCCCGCGUCCGCGCCUGCCCCCGUUCCAGUGGAAGCCAAGAUCGCCGCCAAUCCCCCCGCAAAGCUUGUCGUCGAGGAGCCCGACUCGGAUGAUCCUGAUGCAGAGAUUCCCGUGAACGCGACAUGUCGUCGGAAGGGUUGCGGUGCCACAUACGAUCCGUCAGCAGAUCGCAAUGCAAAGUGUGUGCACCAUCCUGGAGCGCCUGUCUUCCAUGAAGGCAGUAAAGGGUGGUCUUGCUGCAAGCGCCGGGUGCUGGAAUUUGAUCAGUUCCUGAAGAUCCCCGGCUGUACAGAGAAAGUGAAACACAUGUUUGUGGGUAAGCCCAAGUCUGCCGGGGAGGAAAAGGUUGAAUCUGUCCGAAACGACUUUUACCAAACCGCAUCCUCCGUGAACGUGUCACUAUACCUGAAGAAAAUCGACAAGGAUCGCGCACGCGUCGAUAUGACCGAAAAGUCCAUCACCUUUGACCUGCCCACCACCGAUAACAAGCGCUUCCAGGAUACAUAUAAUCUAUUUGCGUCGAUCGAUCCCACAAAGUCAUCAUUCCGUGUGCUGGGUACCAAGCUUGAGUUGGUGCUGGCCAAGGCCGACGGUACCAGUUGGCCGGUGCUGCGCAGCGACGACAAGUGGACCGGAGAGCGGAUUCAGAUCGGAAAUGCGCCACGAGCUUAA